AUGUCCUGGUUAAGAAGAAAGAAAGAUACCUCAUCGGAUUCAUCUCACUCGUUUGAUUCCAUGUAUGAAUUACAUACUCUCAAUACAACCAUUUGUUUUAUUCCAUUCACGUUCUAUCAACAAGGAGUGGGUGGAGAUGAAGCUCAAAAAUUGUUCCGAACUGGUUAUUAUUAUUCAUGUUUAGAUAAUUUGUUUAAAAAGUAUGAUGUAUAUAGUGAUAAGGCUAAAAAGGUGUUAUGGCAAGAAAAAGACUGUUUUCCAAAUUAUGAACCCAUUCAUGAAAUUAUGAUACGAACAGCCUUGCCAAGUGCACAAAAGAAGAAAGUAGAAGAGACUCCCGAAGAGAAGGAAACUUUGGCCAAGUUUAUUCAUACGACUGCUGAGUGCAUGCAAAAGAGAAUUACUAAAACUCAAUUGGAAGAAAAAUUAAAGAAGGCAAUGACUGGCAAGUUCUCCGAGUCAGCACCAAGUGAAUGGUACAACACUUUUGAAAAAAACUCAUCUCAAGACUAUGCCUUAAAUGCUCAAAUGAAACAACAGAUUCUUGAGGACAAUAUGAACCCAUGUCUCAAAUUCAAACCAACCAGCAUGGCAGAUUUACAUCCAAGAAGCGUGCAUGGAAAGAAAGAUGUCUCUAAGGAAGAAUUUAACAACAUGGUCAAUACCAUGAAAUUUGAGCAUUGCAACACAUCACUGCUAUGUUCUAAAAGUAUAACAAAUUGUCUCAAGCGAAUGAACAAGGGCGAUGACAAGACAGCUCAAAAUCAACAUUUCAUCCAAUGCUUCAAUGAUCCUGAAGUGAGGGCUUGUAUUUCAAAGAUUUAA